UAUUAAGCACUAGCGAGCGCGGGUGAAAUAAACUGUGCGGUUAUUUUUUCGGGACGUCACAUUGUUAUGAAAAUUUUGUAAAUAAUGGGAGAAGGUGAAAAAGACGUAUCAAAUAUCGAUAAAUUCGAGACACUGUCUCUAAGUGAUCCGCCCACCUCAAAUUCAGAGACAAAUGAAACCUCCACUUGCCUAAAUGACGAAUUCUGUAAUGAUCAAGAAGAUUCAACUCAGAAAGAGAUCGAAAUAAGAUCUGCCUUAGUUCAACAAACUAAAGAUUUAUAUGAACAAUAUGCUCGGGAACAGUUUCCUAGAGAUCCAGAUAAACAAAAAGAGUUAAUAGCUGAGAUGCAAGACCAAUAUUUUGAUCAUUACUUAACGGAAGUUUAUAGAUUCCAACUUGUUCAUCAACAACAGCAACUUGAACAGUUACAUGCAGUAAGAUCCAUGGAAAAAAAAUCUGAUGGCACGAAUUACGAAUCUGAGACAGAUUCUCCACUCCCACUACCUCUAAUCCCUGCAACAAUCUGGACCCGUAAGGAUAUUGUGGAGUUCAAGCGAGAAAUUCUCGAUGCCCAAAAGGAGUGUUGUAUAAAGAUAAGCUCUUUAGCCACAGCAACAGUACGUGUACCAACUCAUCCUAAUGGAAAAGCUAUAUGUUGGGAAUUCGCUACAGAUCACUAUGAUUUGGGCUUUGGCUUGUAUUUUGAGUGGGAUUUGGAGCCACCUGAAAAUAUCUGUGUGAACAUUUCCGAAUCUAGUGAUGAGGAAGGUGGGGAAGAUGAUGAGGAAGAUGGACUUAGUCAUGAUAAUUCCGGGGAAAAACCAUCACCUGAAGAUGGGAAUAAAGGACCUCAUGAUUUGGAAUUAGGCAAAAAGUCAUCACAACCUCGUGUACCUACUGAUGAACUUAUACCUAUCUAUAGGAGAGAUUGUCAUAAUGAAGUGUACUGUGGUACACAUCAGUAUCCAGGUGUUGGUGUGUAUGUAUUCAAAUUUGAUAAUUCUUUCUCACUGUGGCGGUCUAAAUGGUUGUAUUAUCGUAUUUUCUAUACGCAUUGAAUUGCAUUGCAUAUUUGGCUCGUUCAGUGAUAUUUAUUAUAACCGUGUUGUCAACAUUUCUUAAACUUCAUGUCAUUUCACAUAUUCAGCUUUUCUAAACGGGUUUCCCUGUUACCACUUCACUCUUACAUACAAUUGUUUUAAUGUUAUGGUUCUCAUAUUGCCAACUGUUAUUGAUCUCAGUGCUCAUGCAUGCAGUAACUUGGCAUUUAUCCUAUUUCAUAAUCAAGCAGUACAAAUUUGCAUUAUUUUACUAUCAAGCUUCUAACUUAUUUGCUUUUGUGUUGACUUACUCUGUAUUUCCAGUAAAACAUGCCUUCUUUGUAAGGUAGUAAAUUAAAUCAUUUCGUCUUUCUCUUUUCGCUAACUUUAUACUUGAAAUUUAAAUUUAUGUAUUUUACAACUUAUAUGUUUAUAAAGGGAUAAGCAAAUAUACUCCUGUACUUUAUUCACGCACAUUGGUUUAACUUGUUUUACUUACUAAUAUUUCUUUUUAUUAUCUUCAUAUUAUUUUGGUUUAUCUAUUAUCUGCUAAGUAAUACAAUUCAGAAACUAUGUACAUGUUCGUGUUUUUGGUUAUGAGAUGCAUUAGAGCUGAUGCUAGUACGUUGCUGCUUAAGCUUGUGCAUAUUCAACUAGCAGAUAACGUUACGCUAAGAAUUAGAAAGAAA